AUGGCCUCUGAUAUUGCCCGCGACGGCAUAUUUGCCAUCAACAAGCCGUGCGGCGAAAGCUCUGCGCAGGUCAUCCGCGUCUGCCAGCAGCACUUCAAUCCCUCCACCUUUUUCAAACCCAUGCUCGACAAUGAAGUUGCCCGCCGUCUUAAGGAAUCUGGCGGCCAGUUCAAGCGCCGCAGGCAGGAGAAGCGGGCGACUCAGGUCAAGAUGGGCCACGGCGGCACCCUCGACCCUCUAGCGACAGGCGUCCUCAUCCUCGGCAUCGGCACCGGCACCAAGCACCUGUCCCAGUUCCUCGACUGCACCAAGGCGUACGAAACGGUUGUCGUCUUUGGCGCCAGCACCGAUACCUACGAUCGCGUCGGCCGCGUCCUCUCCAAAAGGCCCUACGAUCACAUCACAAAGGAAAAGCUAGAGGAGGCGCUCCAGUCCUUCAAGGGCAAGCAGAUUCAGAUUCCCCCUCUGUACUCGGCUCUCAAGAUGAACGGCAAGCCCCUGUACGAGUACGCGCGCGAGGGCAAGCCGAUUCCCAGGGAGAUCAAGGGUCGCGAGGUCGAGGUCCUGGAUAUCGAGCUCGUCGAGUACUACGAGCCAGGAAAGCACAAUCACCGCUGGCCAACCGAGGAGGCAUCCGCGUCGGAGCGCAACCUGGCCGAGCAGGUCUGGAGUAUCAAAAAGUCGCAAGAGACGGCCAAGAAGCUCACACCCGAGGAAAAGGAAGCGGACGAUCAGGCGAUAGCAGCUCACGAGUCGUUCAAAAAGAGCUUUGACGAGCGCCAAGAUGACCUGAUUCGGGACUCACCAAAGCCGUCCCGUCAGCGCAACUCCAAGGACGCCAUGAUGUCUGGCGCCCUGGGCGCGCUCCCCCAGGCCGCCACGCACUCAAACAAGGGCUCCAACCUUGUGCAGCCCGCGCCCGACAAGAACACGCCACCUCCCUGGAAGGACGAAGGACCCCCUGCGGCCAAGAUUAGACUCACCGUUACGUCUGGAUACUAUAUCCGCAGCUUCUGUCACGACCUGGGCACCAAGCUCGACUCGGCCGGUCUCAUGGCGGAGUUGUGCCGCACGCGACAGAGCGACUUUACCGUCGGCGGCAUCAACUGCCUCGAGUACGCCGACCUGGCCAAGGGCGAGGCCGUCUGGGGACCCAAAGUCGCCGACAUGCUGGCUCGCUGGAAUGGCGAGCCCGGCGGCAACUGGACAUCGGGCGACGUCAGGACGAAUGGCGCGUCGUCGAGCAAGGCUCAUACACCGGGAAUAAAUGGCAAUGGCCCGGCCAGUCCCGCCAAGACGGAGAAGCGACGCCGCUCUCCUUCCGAGGACUCGCCCCGGAAAGCGGCUGCCCGCGGUGACAGUGACAGCCUGCGGCCAGAUACCCCUGGCCGUCGACGCUCGGAUAGUGACAAGUCAUGGAACGGUUUUGAAGGCUAG